UAGCAACCUCCACUAGAGACUUUCAUGAGCAAAGAAGAGUGGCUAUAAAGGACCGGCCAUUAUCAUGAUAUUGAGUGACACUUCUAAUAACGUGAGGGAGAAGAAGAGAGCAAAAAUGAGCUUUAAUAGGAUGAAUAUCAUAAUAAUCCUUUGUGUAUGUCUCAACUGGGACUGUAGCGAGGGAGCUCAAGAAAAACAGAGGAGGGCGAUUGAUUCUCAUACUAUCCAACUCAGCUCUCUCUUCCCUUCAUCGUCAUCACCUUGUGUUCUUUCUACAAGAGCUUCCAGUACAAAGUCCUCACUGCACGUGACGCACAGACACGGCACGUGCUCGCGUAUAACCAAUGCAAAAGCCAAGAAUCCAGACCAUGCCGAGAUUCUUAGACUGGACCAAGCGCGCGUCAACUCGAUACAUUCGAAACUAUCGAAGAAGCUCACAGAUCGAGUCAGGCAAAGCAAGUCAACGGAUCUACCUGCUAAAGACGGAAGCACCUACGGUUCAGGAAACUUCGUCGUAACCCUCGGAAUCGGAACACCGAAACACGAUCUGUCUCUGAUCUUCGACACAGGAAGCGACCUGACGUGGAUUCAAUGCGAGCCAUGUGUUCGAACUUGCUAUUCCCAAAAGGAACCAAUCUUUAACCCGUCUUCCUCUUCCUCAUACCACAACGUGUCUUGCUCAUCGGCUGAGUGUAGCUCACUCUCUUCCGCUACAGGUAAUUCCGGAACAUGCUCGGCUUCGAACUGCGUCUACGGUAUUCAAUACGGCGAUCAAUCAUUCUCCGUUGGCUUUCUCGCUAAAGAAAAGUUUACUCUAACGGCUUCUAACGUAUUCGACGGCGUUAACUUCGGCUGCGGUGAGAACAACCAAGGACUCUUCACCGGAGUCGCCGGACUUCUCGGCCUUGGCCGUGACAAGCUCUCUUUCCCGUCGCAGACGGCGGCGACCUACAACAAGAUCUUCUCCUACUGCCUCCCUUCUUCCGCUAGCUACACCGGUCAUCUCACCUUCGGAUCCGCCGGAGUCUCCAGAUCCGUUAAAUUCACUCCGAUCUCCACGAUCACCGACGGCACAUCCUUCUACGGUCUCGACAUCGUCGGAAUCUCCGUCGGCGGUCAGAAACUGGCGAUUCCUCCGACGGUGUUCUCCACUCCGGGAGCUCUGAUCGAUUCCGGUACCGUCAUCUCUCGCCUCCCGCCGAAGGCCUACGCGGCGCUGCGAGGCGCGUUCAAGGCGAAGAUGUCGCAGUACAAGAAUGCGUCGGGAGUCUCGAUCUUGGACACGUGUUUUGAUCUCACCGGGUUUAAAACGGUGACGAUCCCGACGGUGUCGUUUUACUUCAAUGGUGGGGCCGUGGUGGAGCUUGGCUCGAAAGGGGUUUUGUACGCGUUUAAGAUGUCGAAGGUUUGUUUGGCGUUUGCAGGGAAUAGCGAUGAUAAUAACGCUGCUAUCUUUGGGAACGUUCAGCAGCAAACGCUGGAAGUUGUGUACGAUGGUGCGGCCGGGCGGGUCGGGUUUGCUCCGAAUGGGUGUAGUUAAUGAAAACAUUAUGGGUAAAUUUUAUUUAUGGAUUUGGCGCCAAAUUAGCUUUAUCCUUAAUCAAGUGUGUAAUUUGUGCGAGCACGUGAUGGUCUAUGAAAGUGUAAAUGGUACACAUUUAUUGUAAAAGGCCAAACUGUUAAUUUACAUAUUUUACU